UUGUGAUAAACUUAUUAAAUAGGUAGUAAAAUGAGUGUUUUGGAUUUGACAGUUGAUAUUUUGCGACCCAGUUUGAAGAACACCAUUCACUCAAACGGGCACACCUUCGUUGAUUUCGAGGAAUCCACCACCUCUCUGAUCACUUGCAACACUUCAGACAAUGAGUGCUACAUUCUGAAGCCAGGAGACAUUGAGACAGGUGAGCCGAAGUGUCAGUCGUUUGGAGAUGACUCGUCCAUGAAUGUGUCGUUUGUGAAAGUAGCAGAACAGAUGGCAUUUGUUGGGCUGAAUAAUUCCACGGUGCAAAUUUUCAGCUACCCUCAGUUUGAGAAAGAAGGACUUUUAGUGCGUUUUGAGUCCACCCCGCUUUGUGUUGACCUCAACCAGGACAAGUCUUUUGCUGCCAUCGGAACUGCAGAUGGAACAGUGAAGACUGUCGAACUCUCUUCACCUCACAGAUUCAAGACGUUCGAAGGACACCUGGGUCCAAUCUUGAGUGUCUGCUACGAUCCCUCCGAGGACUAUCUGGUGACGUCAUCUUGUGAUGGAACUGUUAAAGUGUGGAAAUGUGGGGAUCGAAAGUGCAUCAAAACGUGGGAGUGUGUUCCAAAGAGCAAUGACGUAGAAAACUCGAAGGUUCUCGCCAAGUGCUGUUGGCAGCCCAACUGUGGAACUUAUCUUGCAGUGCCUGGCGAUAAGUGUGUGAAAUUCUACGACAGACGCCACCAGAACUUUCUUGAAGCCCCAAAAUUUUCGUUCACCCAUGAUUUGAUGCAAGACUACGUAUCGAUGGUAUGCUGGCACGGGAGAGAAACAGAUAUCUCUAAUAACUCAAACACGAAAGAAGACAAUACUUUAAUAGCAUUUGUUCUGCAAAAUACGAACGUAAUGAUGGUCGAGUUUGUAGCAAAUCAGUGCAACAUUUUGAGAUGUAUUCAAGGAAAACAGAGUAAAGUGACUUCGUUUUUGUGGAUGCCGAAUUCGGUUGAUUUUGUGGUUGCAGAUGACAUUGGAAUGGUAUACCUCUAUGCGAACUGUCUUCCAAAUAAAGCUAAGCGAACUGCAGCAAUCUCUGAAGCCAAGAAUGCUAAAUCUGAUGCCAAUCAAACUGUGAAAGGAGCGGACGACAUUCUGAAUGAAAUGGUGAAAUCUCGGCAUCAGGCAGAGGGAUCUGGGGGGACUAAUAAAGACAAUGACGAUGAAGAUGACGGAAGUAUCUCCCUAGACCAGAUCAAACAGUCCUACACUAUGACCGUAGAGAGAGGCUUGGAUGCGGAGGGGGAAGAGGCAAAUGACAUUGACAUGAUGGGAGCAGGCGAAGAGGUCGUGAUGAUUUUCCUAAGAGUCGAUGAAUCUCAUAAAUCAAAACUUUACUCGCAGUUUAAUAUAAUUAUAGUAUUUCUCUUAAAUUUGAGUCUGUUCCCAGGAGCGGACGACAUUCUGAAUGAAAUGGUGAAAUCUCGGCAUCAGGCAGAGGGAUCUGGGGGGAUUAAUAAAGACAAUGACGAUGAAGAUGAUGGAAGUAUCUCCCUAGACCAGAUCAAACAGUCCUACUCUUUGACCGUAGAGAGAGGCUUGGAUGCGGAGGGGGAAGAGGCAAAUGACAUUGACAUGAUGGGAGCAGGCGAAGAGGGAAAAAGCUUCAAUUUCUACGGCACUAAUAAUGCCCAAAAUCAGGGACAGCAAGCAGUUGCGGGACCCAAAGUGGAGAUAAUCAACUACCAGACACCCUUUCAACCAGCAUCUUCACCUGCUUCAUUGAGUUCAAGGUAUAUGAAGUGGAACCUGAUUGGCAUUGUGAGAAGGGAAGAGCACUCGCAGAAUGAAGAUGUGGAGGAUAAUGAAAAUGGCGCUUCGAUCACUGUGGAGUUCCACGACAGUACUUUUCAUCACGCCAUGCAUCUCAUUGACGAUCAUGGAUAUACAUUGGCUGAUUUGAGCGAGGAAGCCCUACUUCUAGCCUCCCCCUCAAGCACAACUCUGGAGAAUAAAGCUAGUGUAAUAACAUGCAACACCUUCUCAUUCUGGGACCACAGUAACCAAUGGACCACUCAGCUACCCCACGGUGAAAAGGCCAUAGCGCUAUGCCUCGGAACUAUGUCAUGGCUCGCAGUGGCCACUAAUCAUGGGUACUUGAGAGUGUUCUCAGUCUCAGGUCUGCAGUUGUCAGUGAUAGUGCUACCGGGUCAUUUGGUGUCCAUUUCAGGCGGCGCCGAGGAUUUGUUGCAUGUGUAUCAGCCCUCGCAGACAUUACAAAGAGAUCGGUUUUAUUCUGCGGCGAUUUAUAAAGUGACAGGUUUCGAAGUGAGUUUGGCAAUGACGGAACAGUUCCCUAUGUGUCAAGCUGAAGACAGUAUAAUCUGGACUGGGUUCUCACAAGAUAACGAUGCAGUUGUCUCCUUUGCAAAUGGACCAGUGUAUCUCCUGAAACGAAGCUCAUCUGACAACUCAGGUCAUUGUUGGAUGCCAGUGUUCAACUGCAAGCAAUUCCUGAACUCGAAGUCAGACAGAAUCUGGAUUGUGGGAGUCACGGGGAAGCAGCUGCGAGCUAUCUACUGCAAGGCAUCCAAAUUCCCAGCUCAACUUCCUCGCCCCAUAGUCCUCACAUACACGCUUGGUCUACCCCUGUGCAACAUAGAGUCGGAGCAGUCUCAGAUGGAACUGGAACUGCAGAACCAGAGAGUGUUCAGUACCCUUUCAGUCCAGGAGGUCCAGUCCGCGUUUCUGAAGAUGUUCGCACUUGCAUGCAGGACUGACAGGGAUUGUAGGGCGGUGGAUAUCUGCAACUUGAUGCCCAAUGAAGAAACGGUUAUUCUGGCAAUCAAAUACGCGACCAAAUUGAAGAAGCUGACACUAGCCAAGAAACUAUCGGCCAUCGCACAUGAGAAGGCCUCUAUGAAACCAGGAGCAGUGCUGGAACACCAAUCUAGCUUCAAUGCGUUCGAAGAUGACAACAGUAGAGCUCUGUUUAAUAGUCAGUCUGUGGACUCUUCUUCUGUAGCUCUACAGGACGACAGUAGAAGUGCAUUCUUGUCAGAGACUGAGAACCCGAUUCUGAGAAGAGCGAAUAUUGGGAAGAUAUCGAAGAGUAAUACUAUCAACGAUGACUCAAGCGCUAGUGAUGGUAGUCUUCUAUCUCCCUCAAUAUCAAUGAUGGAAGAAAAACGACGCAAGAACCCAUUUAUUAAUGAGGUUACCUCGUCCACCCUUUCAUCAACUAAAAUGAACACAUCUGACUUACACCGAAGCCCCUCGAUGGGUUCUUCAGUAUUCGACAAUCUGAAGCUUCUCAAACCCGAGAAGCUGAGAGUCGGACCAGAUACGAAAGCAAUGCCGAGACGCAAGUCAGUCUUAACCUCUUCGCAGAAACAAACGAGUUCCGUUGGAGAACAAGAAAACAAAACCACUUCGAGUUUGACUUUGGCUGGGGUGAAGAAUAUGACACCGUUUCAAAUCUUCUUUGAAAAAAUUAAACCACAACUGCAAGGCGAAUUUCCAGAAGAAGAGGCAAAUGAGAAGCUUCUUUCGGUUGCAAUGAAGCGAUGGAAACUACUCAGUUCAGAGGAAAAGUCAUUGGAGUCUCUCAGUGAAAUAAGCUCAUCUUCCGCAGACAGCAGAAGGUUGAAAAGGAAAUCAGAGAGCAGUGAACAAAUUAAAGAAAAUCAAGAAAACGGUACUGAAGUCGUGAAGAAAAAGAAGUUUGACAGCGCUGUGCUUGAACAGUUUUCAUUUAACUGAAAUUAAUUGCGACAGUUUGUGAAUAUUAUCUUUGUUUUUGAAUAAAUAAAUGUUGGUGUGAAUAAUAACUUUGUUUUUUGAGUAAAUAAAUGUUGCUGAAUUGAAUUUUUGACUUUCAA